AUGAAUCCUAAUCAGUUUCAUCAACAGCCUAUUAAAGCACAAAAAAUGAAGUUACAAGACAUAGAUGCUCGUCGAUUGAUUUUAUUUAAUUUACCGACAGAUAUUAUUCGAGAAUAUUUGGAACUUUAUAUUGAAAAUUUAGCAAAUGAAGCUGAAAUUGAACGAAUUGAUUAUAGUAAUGAAUGUGACACUACAGUAAUGGUUACAUUUAAACAGGAGUUAGAUAUUCAAGAAGUAAAACGUCGUCAUUCAACACGUCCAACAUUAAAUAAUAGUGAAAUAUCGAUUAGUGAAGUAUAUGUUCCAUCGACAAUUAUGAUUCGUAAUUUACCCGACGAUAUUUCAAAAGAUGUUUUAGACUUAUAUUUCUCAAAUAAAAAGCGUAGUGACGGUGGUGAGGUGAAAGAAGUUAAAUUAGAUCAUGAAAAUCAACAUGGACUUGUCACAUUCAAAGAUUCAAAAGAUGCCCGUCGUAUAUUGAAACGUGAACAUGUUAUUCAUCAGCAACGACUUGAUGUUCGUGUCUACUACGAGCAUAUGGGCAUAGAACCUUUUAUUGACAUUGACACAGCUAAAUUACCGGAAAUAUUGCAUUUUCGAUCACAGGAUGAUAUCCGAUACGAAUUCAUUUUAAAAAGUCGACCACUAUUGGAAGAUUUAAGAGAGAAAUUAAAAACUAUAAAUGGAAAAAUAUCGCUAAAAAAUGAUGGAUUAGAUGUUACAUGCGUUGGUCCAACGACAAACUAUGUUCUAUUAAAAAAACGUGCUCAAUGGACAAAAGAAGUUCAAGAAUUCAUUGAACAAUUUUUAGAUAAAUUAAUUGUUCGAACAGUUCCCUAUACGUUAGCAAAUGGUUUAACACAAGAUAUUCUUAUACGUGAAUUAAGUGAUAUGUCAACAAAAGACAAUACACAAUUGUUCCAAAUUUCAAAAAAUUCAAAAAAUCACGAAUUAUUUCUUGUUACAUUCAAAGAUAAUCUUGAAAAAGCCAUGAAUGAACUUAAUCAAAAAUUGACCGAUUUAGUAACACAAUCUCAAAUUCCAUAUCAUUCGGGUAUAUCAACACCUCCACAAAUGUAUAGUCCAAAUACUAAUGCUUUACCAUCAAAAUUGGCUUCAAUAACUAUUCCUUCAACAUCAAAACGUGAUUCAUAUCAUGAUGAUCAAAGUUUAAUUACACCAUCUAUUGAUAAUCAGGGCAUUUUAUAUCGAACAAGACAAGUGAAUGGAAAUUAUGAACGAAUUGGUACAAGAGAUCCAAAAGUAAAUUUUGCUAAUGAUAGUAGUGAAAAUAUUCAAGAACAACAAUCGACAAAAAUGUCAAAUCGUUUUCAUCGUCCAACAUCAUCAUUACUCCAUAUGAUUCCGUCAAAAAUUAACAAUAAAAAUCAUUCACUCUCAUCUUCUACUCAAAAUUUACAAUAUUCUACUGAAAUAACUGAUUCAAUCGAUCAUUUGCGACAUUAUCAAAUGGAUUUAUUAUCUAUGAAAUUUUUUGAUUUAGCACAACGAUCCUAUACAAAUUUAAAAAUAGAACAAGAUCGAAUACAACGAAAAAUUAUUUUAAUUGGUCCUUUCGAUGAAGUUCAAACAUGUAAGGGUUAUUUUGAAGCAAUAUUAAAAAAUUUAUUACAACGAGAAUAUAAAAUUAAUAGAGAAAUGGCCAUUUUUCUAUCAAAUCCUGAUACAGUUGAAUUAAUUAUUAGUAAUUUGGCAAAAUUAGAUCAUGUUUGUUCAUAUGAAAUUGAACGAGGAAGUUCAUCUCAAACUGUUACAGGUAUAUCUUCACCAUCAAAAUUAAUAUUAUAUUCUUUAACAAAAGAUCAAUGUGAUCAAGUUUAUAAACGAUUACGUGAUGAUAUUUGUGUAAGACAAAUUAUGUUAGAUAAAGAUGAUAAACGUUUUUUAUCAAAUGAACAUUGGAUAAAAUAUAUUAAAGAAUUAUAUACAAAAGAAUUUCGUCGACGAAAAGUUCUUUUACAAGUAAAACAAAAUUCUGUCACAUUGGUGGGUUUUAUGCAAGAUGUUAAAGAUAUGAGAAAGAAAAUUUAUGAUUAUUUUAGAGAAAAUAAUAUUUCAUUUUAUGAAUCGGAUUAA